AUGCCCAUCUCUUGGGUUCUCAAGCCACUCGCCAUUGCAUCCGCUGUGGCAUUUGGCGCGCUCGGUAUCCUCGGUCGCAAGUACCAGAAGGCGCGCCUCUACUUCAAUGUUACCAUCUACCUCACCACUCUCGCCACUACCAGUGUCUGGGGCAUCCUGGUCACCAUCCUCGCAUCAGCUACUGGCCAGAGGCUCAAUAUCAACUAUUAUGUCGCACGUUCAUUCUACAAGAUCUGCGGGCCACUCGUCGGCAUCAAGGUCAUUGUCGAGGGCGAGGAGCACCUCGACCGGCUCUCCACUGCCAACAACGGCAAGCACCAAAGUGCUGUUGUCAUCGCCAACCACCAGAGCAUGCUCGACAUUCUGUUCCUUGGCCGUGUCUUCCCGGAACGCACCGUCAUCAUGGCCAAGAAGGAGCUCAAGUACUCACCUCUCCUCGGGCAGUACAUGCACGCGUCGGGCGCCGUAUUCAUCGACCGCAAGAACCGCAAGAGUUCGCACAACACUGUCGCCCAGGCUGGUGAGGACAUGAAGCGUCGGGGCGUUUCCCUCUGGGUGUUCCCCGAGGGCACGCGCUCUCUCAACCCCGAACCGACAUUGCUCCCGUUCAAGAAGGGCGCGUUCCACCUUGCAGUCCAGGCCCAGGUGCCCGUCCUGUGCAUCGUCUGCGAAAACUACAACCGCGUGUUCGACGGCCGCACCCGCUUCGAGCCCGGCACUCUUCGCGUCAGGAUCCUGCCCCCGAUCUCCACAAAGGGGCUCACGGUUGACGAUGUGUCGAGCCUCACAGAGUCGACGCGUGAGGCCAUGCUCACUGCGCUCAAGGAGAUUUCGAAGCCAGUCCCUUCCGCCGCCAAGACUGCUGCUGCCAUUGAGACGUCCGUCUCCAAAGCCACUGCGCUUGAGAGGGUCCGCAGUUCUGAAAAGAACAGCGUUGACCAGCGCUUCGUGGCCAGCUCCGCGUCCGACUCUGCUUUGAGCGAGCCCACAAGUCGUGACACGACCGAGGAUGAACUUGACGGCGACGCAGUGCUGCUCAAGAGACCAAAGGCCGAGUAA